AUGGUUUUAGAACAGAGGGCUCUUACAAUUGUCAUUGUCAAUUUUGUAUUUCUUGGACUAUCGACCAUUACAUUAGCAUUGCGAUGCUUGGUUCGGGUAACGCGUGAAGCGUUCGGCUUGGACGAUUGGAUGAUACUGCUGGGAUGGAUCAUAUUUGUGAUGAAUGUCUCCAUGUCGACGAUGUCCGCAAUCCAUGGCCUGGGUGUUCAUAACCUUACUAUUACUGCCGCAGAAAUGGAGCCUGCAGUCAAGUACUUUACUCUCUUUCAACUUUUCACCUUGACAGGUACAUUGCCAGUCAAAGCUAGCAUCUGUAUCUCCCUAAUGCGCAUAACACCCAGCCUGACCUACAGAAAAAUUCUCUACGCAAUCAUGGCAGGGUCCGUAGCGACAGUCCUCAUUUCCGACAUAGCUGUUAUUGUAACAUGUCGACCCAUGGCAUUCACCUGGGACAAAACCAUUCCCGAUGGGAAAUGCAGCAGUAUCAAUGCUAUCCUCAUCCUAAGCUAUUGUUUCUCGGGCAUGAACAUCAUCACCGACUGGUCUACUGCCCUUAUCCCCCGCAUUCAUAGUAUGGAACUUGAAACUCUCUCCCAGAAUCAAAGUCGCCAUCAGUAUUCUCUUAGGAAUGGCAGCAUGUCUCAGUGCUCUCAGACCAUUACUCCGUUUCGCUUAGGAAACGGUUCCUAUGGCCCCUCAGACGAUAGACCCAGCCCUCCAACCAUUGCAACACCUCAUAAAAAAGGCUACAUGAAAGCUCGCGCCAUCAGAUUACGGAAUAUUGAAGACGGUCUUGCAACGACGAUGGUUACGGAAGCUGGGAACGACACUGCAGAUAAUUAUAAUGAAAGCAUAAAUGCUAGCGAUGGGGAUAAGAGUAGUCAAAGGGGGAUAUUACAGCAUAUUCCAGAGCAUCCCGAACCGAAAUGCACCGGGAAGGAAGUAGGUAUUUUGGUUACGCAAAUUUAUAAGAUUGAGAAUGAAGACACUGAAGACAAUGUCUCGAAAGACAGAGGUUGUAAAUACAAUGGUAACAAUGAGUCAAGGGAACGAACAAUACAGGAUAUAGUAUAA